AUGGCGCUGGUCGUCGCGGCGACGGUGCUGCUCCUGGCGGCGGGUCUGGUCGCCGGCGGGGACCUGCUGUCCAACAGCGUGGAGCAGGAGGACGAGCCGCAGGCGGCCCUCGACGGCCUGUACGCCGACUGCCUGCUGAAGAUGUCCUUGGCGUGCGCCCAGAGGAAGGUGCUGGUGUUCCUGGACCGCCUGGGGCGCGCCGACAGCCUCCAGCUUCUGGGCGGAGCGCUGACCGUGGUGCGCACCGCCGAGGACCCCUCGCCCGCCAUCACCGAGGCGGGGCUGCGCGCGCGCCUCGGCGACUCGGCCGACGACGACGGCGAAGCCCUGGAGCCGCUCAUCGACCACACGGUGGACCGCUUCUUCAGCAGCCACGCGCUGCGCGUGAGGCUGCCGCCGUGGCUGGAGGCGGCGGUGGGCGGCGGCGGCGGCGGGCGGGAGGCGGGGUCCGCCGUCAUCGACCUCAGCGUCGGCCGGGGCCUCGAGGAGGAAGGUCGCGGCAAGAAGAAGAAGAAGAAGAAGAAGCUGAAGCUGAUCAAGAAGAUCCUGCUGGUGCUGGGGCUGGUGAAGGCCAUCAAGCUCGCGCUCUUGCUGCCCGUGCUGCUCAUACUCAUCAAGCUGAAAGCCGUCAAGGCGCUGCUCAUAGGCUCCGUCGCGCUCAUACUGGGCAAGGUGCUGCUCUUCAAGAAGAUCUUCAUGUCGCUGGGCGGGGGCGGCAAGGGCGGAGGCGGCGGCGGGGGGAACGACGAGGAGAAGCACGUGGUGAUCGUGCACUCGGAGGGCGGCGGCCACGGAGGCGGCGGCGGCGGCCCGCCCGCCCCCGACACGGGCUACGGCGUGCCGAGCGGCGGCGGCGGCGGCGGCGGCUCCCCGCCCAGCGACUCGUACGGGCCCCCCACGGGCGGCGGCGGGGGCGGCAGCAGCAGCUGGUCCGGCGGCGGCGGAGGCGGCGGCGGCUGGGGGCGGUCGCUCGGCCUAGUGGAGGGCUCCCAUUGGCUGGCGUACCGGGCGCACGCCCCCGCGGCGUGA